ACAGCAGCAUCCAAAAUGAAAAUCAGAUUUCCGCCUAUCUUUUUGGUGAUUUCUCUCGUUAUUAGCUGUACAGCUUUCGUUCCAGUUUCACAUGCGUCCAGUGAGAACAGCAAAUAUGCCGACAAAGAGUUACUACUGAAGCAAAAAUUCUUCUUUGAAAUACUGAGAAACAUUUACCAACCUCUGGAAUUUCAAGUAUAUCUACCAUAUACGAAGACCUGGAUCGAAGAUGAAUCCAAAUAUAAGGAUUUCGGCACAGUUUCGAAAUUUUUCGAUUUAUUUAAAGCAGGAUUCUUGGAGAAAGGUGAAAUAUUUACCAUCUAUAACUAUUGGUACCUCAAGCAAACUCGUAUGCUGUUUCAAUUCUUCUACAACUCCAUUGGUUGGGAUACCUAUCACAAGAAUGUUAUCUGGGCACGGGAAAAUGUGAACGAAGGCAUGUUCAUCUUUGCACUAACACUUUCUGUGUUACAUCGAAAGGAUUUGGAAGGCAUAAUAUUACCAUCAAUCUACGAACUAGACCCAUAUCUAUUCUUCAACGGUGAUUUGAUUAAUGAUGCCAUGCUACGUAAACUAUCUGAUCCGGAAUAUGGGUUCUAUACUAGAAAUACUCAUAAUGUAGCCACCAGUAACUACACAUCGAAGUUCGCAACCAACUAUUAUGGGGAAGGCAAAAUGGCAUACUUUACGGAAGAUAUUGGCUUGAAUGCGUACUACUACUACUUCAUGCUUGAAUAUCCUUCCUUCUUAGGAGGUGAAGAGUUUGGAUUGAAUAAGGAUCGCCGCGGUGAGUUGUUUUUGUACAUGCUCCAACAGUUGCUCGCACGGUACUAUUUGGAAAGAGAGUCGAAUUCACUAGGGGCUAUUGAGGAACUUACUUGGGAAUUCCCACUAAAAAAAGGACACUAUCCCAUGCUACGCUACUGGAAUGGAAUUCCAGUUCGAUCAAGAGAAAACAGUUUCAACAUGCGAGGAUAUGAUCCAAUGAAACUGCAGCUGAUGAAAGAUCAUGAGCUUCGAAUAAGGCGUGCGAUAGAUACUGGAUACUAUAAUCUUUCGAAUGGAACUAAAGUUGAUCUUCGUGCUGCAGAAGCGAUCGAUAUUGUUGGAAAUAUGGUUAAUGGCAACGUUGAUAGCAUUGACAUGGAUUACUUCAAAUCAAUGGAGGUCUAUGCUCGGAUGAUUCUUGCUCAAGGUGAUUAUUACGGAUCUACUGAAGACUCUUGGCCAGGAUCACUGAUGCACUAUGAAACCUCGAUGCGUGAUCCAAUAUUUUAUCAAUUCCUCGAACGGAUGCUCGGCUUCUACUGGCAGUUUAAAAACUAUCUUCCGCCAUAUUCCGUCGAUGAGUUGAGCUUCAGAGGUGUUCAAAUUACAGGAUUGACCAUUGAUCAGCUGAUCACUUACUUCGACAACUUCGAAGCUGACAUCAGCAAUGGACUACCGUUCAAUUAUAAAAACGCUCAAGAUAAAAGCACAUGGGAUUUCAUAGUUUUUGCACAACAGAAACGUUUGAACCACAAACCGUUCAAUUACACGAUGACUGUAAUGUCUAAUAUUACAAAGAAAGGCGUCGUUCGAAUGUACAUGGGCCCUAAGUUUCAAAGCAUAAAUCAACUUCAAUCAUUAAAGAAAUACUAUGUAGAAAUGGACCAAUUCUUAGUGGAUAUUGUUACUGGUGAAAAUAUUAUCAAACGAUCCACCAACGAUUUCUACUACGACAUUCGGGAUCGAACUACAUAUACUGAACUGUACAAACGAGUCAUGCGAGCAAUAAAAAAUGAGAAGCAAUUUGUGCUGGACUUGUCCGAAACACACUGCGGCUGGCCAGAUCGACUACUGCUACCAAGAGGUCUUUCAACAGGAUAUGAAAUAACAUUCUUCUUCAUCAUCACUCCAUACCAGCCGCCAAGUGUUGCUCAAUAUUCUACUUACGAUGAAACGAUCAGCUGUGGAGCUGGUUCAGGAUCAAAAUAUACCGAGGAUUUACCGUUUGGAUUCCCCUUCGAUCGUGAACUGGAUGGCAGUCACUUUAUGACCAAAAAUAUGCUAUUUAAAGAUGUGACGAUCUACCAUUUCAAUAACAAUAAAUUAAAUGAAACAGCAUGA